AUGUCUUCCGAAAAUCCUAAGCCGUUGCCGUCAGCCAGUUCGGGGGUAGUUGCUCACCGCCGUCCGACUACAGAGAAACGAAAGCGCAAGCGACCUGCAAGUUCCCAACAUCCGACAUCAAGAGAGCUUAACAGCAGAUCCAGCUCUGAGUGCCCCGGUGACUCGGCAACUUCGGGCAAACACCUCUUCCCAUCAACAAAAGACGACAAAGGAAACGCCCAGGCGCAAGCAACGGAGGAGACGGAUGAUAUUGCCAAUGCUGGCCAUGCAGCAGAAGAUGAACUCGCGAAAGAGCACCUUGUCGAAUUCUUCAGCCAAGAUCUGCAGGAUAACCCCAUACAGGCACGUUCGACAUAUGUGGGCAAUGAGCUUUCGAACCUAAACUACUUGGUGCGCCAACGUUCAGUGAAUCAGCGGGUCUAUCACUAUCCCUGCUCUAAUGUAUAUGUUCCGCGGGUGUUUCGCAACUCUCAAAUCUCCGUCACCCCGAAUCUGAUACCCAAAGAUGCAUUUGUCAUUCCCCCAAAGCAUAUAUCCGAUGUUCUCAUCGCAGAAUACUUUGAACUUGUUCACCCCGGCCUACCGAUCAUUGAUAAGGACAGGUUUCUCAGAAACUAUCAUGAUCCAGAUUCAGCACCUUCAACAUUGUUGUUCCAGGCCGUGUGCCUUGUUGGUAGCCAUGUAACAAGGAAGUUCAAGAAUAACCAAGAGAUGAAGGCGGCUUUUUUUAGGCGCGCAAAAGUUUUGUUGGAAGGUCGGUACGAAGAGGACCGAAUGCAUGUAGUACAAACAGCUUUAUUGCUGACGUGGUUUUCUGAUGGUGGCGAUGAUAUCUGCGCUAAUUCGUGGUGGUGGAUCGGCAUCGCUGCCCGGACAGCCAUAGGUCUUGGUAUGCAUCGGGAAGUCGGACCAAGCAAAAUGCCCCAGCAGGAUAAGAUCAUCUGGAGGAAGAUAUGGUGGUGUGUGGUCCAAUUUGAUUGCUUGGUAACGUUGGUCUACGGACGACCCCAACAAGUAAACUUGGAUGAUUGCGAUGUCCCAGAUCUGGAGCCGCAAGACUUUGAAGGAGAAGAGGACUCUGUUGAAGUCGACUUUGUUGUGCAUCACUCCAAGUUGUGUGCUCUGAUAUCUGGCUUAGUAAGGUCGCACUUCUCGGUAAGAGCUGCAAAACAAGGUAUUGAGAAAAGAAUGGCACUUGACGCCAUAGAUGCAGCUUUGGCAGAGUGGUUGAUGAGUUUACCACCGUUAAUGGCAAGCAGUUCGGCUCCUGGACCUUGGUCAUCGCUGCUUCACUUAACAUAUAACACGGUGCUUUUGCAAUUCCACCGGUCCGCAUCCCAUCUCACAGGGAAUUCGCAUGAUUCGGAAAGAACUGGUGAUGAAGAAAUCUGCUCUGAUGCCUCCACCAACAUCAUACAGAUAUUUGAAACGCUGCACCAAAACUCUUUUCUAAGAUCCUGUUGGUUCUCAGGCCCCAGUAGCUUGUUUGCAGCCAUGCUUCAGAUUAGUGGACAACUACAGAGUGCAAAUCCAAUUCUAGCUCUUCGAGCACGUACGAAAUACGAGUCAAGUUUGGUAACACUACGCAAGUUAAGCCGAUAUUGGCUCUUUGCCACGUCUGUAUGGAGACUCUUUCAGUCCAACUCUAUUAGAGCAGAGAAGGAAAAGUUACGCAAAAAUGGGGAAUCUACCGUACCGGCUGCCACGGACGAAGUCUCACCACCGCAGUUCUCUCCAGCCGACCUUUCAGUUUCAUCAAUAGCCGGACCAGGGUCCAACUCUGAGCAAAUAAUUACAGGAGGAAGCUCUUAUCCAACACAUACGCAACACUCCACGGAAAUGGAUUGGGUCCAGAUGCUCUCCUUCAACGAUCCGAAUCUGACUCUGAUGAAUGUUGAGAGCAAUCGGUGGCAGAACAAUCCGGACCAGUGGAACUCAUUGUACUUCAGCGACCCCCUUGCGAAUAUUCAACUUGGAGACCAUUUUGCAUACAUGCAGUUUCAGGCGCCUCCGUAA